AUUCAUUAAAAGCUUUAUGUUUGUUUUCAUGUUUUUCUUUCAACAACAACAACAACACACAGUUUACAAAAGAACAAAUGGACGAUAUUGUGAUGUAUACAGUUAAUUCAGUUGCAGAAUUUCCUACAGUUACUCAGGUUUCUAGCCAAGUUUCUGCCUUACAUUCAUGUGUUUUGCCACUUUGUAAUCACAAAGAAACUGCUUAUAAAACUAAAUGUCUGAAUGCAAUAGCAAAAUCUACAGAGAAAGCAUCUUCUCUAAAAGCAUACUUGGAGACAUCAAUUAUCACUCAAUCCUAUGAUAUGGUAACAAGUUUUCUAAAUUCCUCUGAUGCUAAUACAAAAUUACUUCAAGCAGCUAAAAAAGCCCAGGUAGCAUUGUUGGCACAUUCUGCUGCUUUUCUUCCUUUGGGAAGUAAAAUGCAAUUUGGAAGUGGUAAAAAAGGCAAACCAUUUUCUAUACUUUAUCACAAAUAUAUUGAUCAAAAUCCCUUACAACUUAGAACAAAUAUCAAUACAGGAAGUCUUUUAUCUUCAAUUAGUUUUGGAAAGAAAGUCACAGAAAA